CAUAGUAAAGAGAUAAUGUCGUCACCAAACAAAGUUGGCGAAUAAUAGCCGAAAAUGGAUAUUAACCAUGUAGUAUUGGAUAGAGAGGCAAUCAACCGAUUCGAACAGUACACAUUAGCGAAGCCAUCUCUCAAUGGGGGAAUCCCUUUGGAUAAAUGCCAAGAUGCUGAUUCGAUGGCAUCUAAUAGCAAAAAGAGAAUACAAACAACGCGACAGAAAGUUGUAUGCUGCUUUUGUUUCAAAACAACUAAGUACAGGCGAAAACAAUUCAUUAUCGGCUGUCUGACGAAUAGCAUUAUAUUUUCUAUAUUACUAGCGUAUACAUUUCUCGGUUCUGUUAUAUUUCUUGCGAUAGAAGGCGGUGCGGAAGUGCCCGCACGACCUAGAAUAUUACCGGAUAAACAAAAGAUAACUCACAAAGAAGACGGCAGUAAAGACACGAACAAAAAGGACAUAGAAGACGAGUACGAUAAUGGAAACUUAACACUUUCAGCAAACUAUUUCUGGGAUGCGAGAAGUAAAGCAGUAGAAAAUAUCUGGGAAAUAACAGUAUCAUUAAACAUUUUGUACAGGGAAAAUUGGACCCGGUUAGCUGCGCAGGAAAUUCUAAAGUUUCAAAAUGAGUUGAUGCAGAGGGUCACAACAGAAAUGGCAUCGCAGUAUGGUGUUAGUUACAGAGAAAUGGCUCUCGGCGAAUUCGCCGGGAAUGACAUUAGUAACCACUACGAGGAACAUGACUGGAAUUUGGCACUGGCAUUCUUUUACUCGUUAACCGUUCUAACGACAAUUGGUUAUGGCAAUAUUGCACCAAGAACCAUAUUGGGAAAAGGUGUUACCAUCGCGUAUGCUCUUGUUGGAAUCCCGCUUACUCUCGUUUAUCUGUCAAGUGUUGGAUCUCUGCUAUCAAAAAUGGCGAGAAGUGUCUUCAGCAGAGCAUUGUGUUGCUGUCUUUGCUCAAAUUGUGGGUACUGCUGCUACGAUGAACGAAGAAUGGCUGAAAAAGAAAGAAGAAUGAAAUUGAAACGGCAACAAGAAGAAACCCUUAACAGUCAGGACACAAGUAAAACCCCUACAGAAGAAUGCUAUGUUCUAAAAACAGAUAGUCAAAGAGAUUCGUCACUAUCAGAGAGGCCAACAACCAGUACAGUAAAAGAUGAUGUAAUUAGCUGGCCAGACACAGAUUCCAAAUUGUCAAUGCAUGGUCUGAGUAUACUAGCUCCUGUAUUUCUAUGUUUAGCCGCAAUUUUCAUUUAUAUAUCAUUUGGAGCUAUCGUACUCUACAAUUUAGAUAAUAUGAGUAUUGUAGAUGGUUUUUAUUUUUGUUUCAUGGCAUUAAGUACGAUUGGAUUUGGUAAUAUUAUUCCUGGAAUGAGCUACACCACAAUCAACGGUGUCAGGUAUUACACUAUUAAUUCAACCGUUUUGUGGUUUUGUUCCGCGUAUACUUUAAUGGGAUUAGCUUUGACUGCAAUGUGUUUUGGUGUGAUACAUGAUGAAAUAAUUUAUAGGAUAAAGCAUCAGCAGAAAGAGUGGUCUCAAAAAAGUAAUACUGUCAACGAUGAGGUUAACAUUAGUGAAGCAUUUUACAUGAGUUCUUGACAAAUGUAUAAUAAAGGUAAAUCCGAAAAUUUGUAUAGCAUAAUGGAGGAUAGUUCUACAGUUAUAGAACGUAAUAGAAUUGAUAUUGAUAAUAGGGAAGUAGUUUUAAGUGUAGAUGAGAUGUCACUGGCGAUAGAAUCAACUUCGGAUUUUCCACCACCACCGCUAGAAGAAGAAAUCAUAGCCAUUGUAACUAAAAAAGAACCAAAAGGAUCUUUAGUAGAUAUGGUUGCAUAUAAUGCCCUUCCAGAAAUGCUUGAGCAUGUAAAUACGUAACUUGGUAAUUUUAUGUGUACAUAUUCAUUUUUUGCAAAACAGUUUUGUAUUUUAUAUUAAUUUACUGGCUGUGACUCCAUUAUUAACACUAAA